AUGAAAUUCCAGCGAAACAAAGGAACUCGACGAUCCAUCGGCGUCUCCAAUCCCGCAAAAUUCGUCCGAAAAGAAGUUGAUCGACGCAUUUCCCGACUCUCCAUGCUCGCCAUUCCCGAAGACCUCUCCGUCCAUCCGCCAAAACCAUCCGCGACUCCAAAGGUCUCCAAAACCAAGCAGCUUCGAAAAUCCGCCUCAGCCAACUUUCUCAAGAAGAAAUUUCAACUCAAGAAGAUCAAGUCAAAGAUCCAGAACAAGUUCGCCAAAGUCGAAGUCGAAGAAAUCUUCUGCCCAGCGGUUUGCCCUAACGACAAGUUUGAAUGGACACGAAUUCGGUCAAGCUCAGAAUUGAACGAUUUUGCCGAUGAAGAUUUCGUUGCUUGGGAAGAGGAUGUUUCAAAGGUUAAGUUUUUCGGCUUUCUGUAA